UUUUAUGGUCAAUAGUUCAACCAGGCAACCUGGACAAAAAAACUUAAGCAAUGAUGUAAAUUGAGCAGGAAAAGGAUGUCAUCAUUUUAUGUAUGCAGGUAUAUAUACGAGAAUAAAUGCGAGUCAAGUUUCACUUAAUUUAAGCGAAGUAGUGGGGAAAGUGACAGGAGAAAUGAAAAGUAAUGGGUAUCUUCCUCUUUUUGAAACAAGGCAAGCCAGGGGACUGCUCCUGUUUCGAUUGUAUGCAGCUUCAAUUUUUGUUGACAUCUGCUUCAUUUGUUUUUACCGAGUGAGCUAUUUUCCAUCACUGCAAGGAAAGACUGAGAGAUGGGUAUGGAUUGGAAUGUUUCUUGCUGAACUUUGGUUUGGCUUUUACUUUUUUGUCACUGUGGUCGUUAGAUGGAAUCCUGUCUUUCGUUACACAUUCAAGAAUAGGCUCUCAGCCAGGUAUGAUGAAGAAGCUUUGCCAGGAGUAGACAUUUUUGUUUGCACGGCAGACCCCUUGUUAGAGCCACCAACAAUGGUGAUCAACACAGUCUUAUCAGUUAUGGCUUAUGACUACCCACCUGAGAAGCUAAGUGUUUAUCUAUCUGAUGAUGGUGGCUCAGAUUUAACAGUCUAUGCUCUGUUAGAAGCUGCACGCUUUUCCCAGGUAUGGUUACCAUUUUGCAGGAAGCUCAAAGUUGAGCCAAGAUCGCCUGAGGCUUAUUUCAGGAACAUUGCUGAACCAGUUGAUGAUUCUGUCAUGGCCAAAGAGUGGCUGUCCAUCAAGAAAUCAUAUGAAGACAUGAAGAUGCGGAUUGAAACCAUCACAAAAUUGGGCAAAAUUCCAGCUGACAUACGCAAGGAGCAUAAGGGAUUUGGGGAAUGGGAUUUUGUUUCAAGUCGAUAUGAUCAUCAAGCCAUUCUUCAAAUCUUAAUUGAUGGAAGAGACCCCAACACCAUGGAUAUGGAAGGAAAACCUUUGCCAACCCUUGUAUAUUUAUCACGUGAAAAAAGACCUAAAUACCACCAUCACUUCAAAGCUGGAGCCUUGAAUGCACUGAUAAGGGUGUCAUCGAGCAUAACCAAUGCGCCAUUUAUCCUGAACGUGGACUGCGACAUGUAUUCAAAUAAUUCAGAGGCAAUCAGAGAUGCUCUUUGCUUUCUUCUAGAUGAAGAGAAGGGACAUGAAAUUGCUUUUGUGCAAUAUCCUCAGAGCUUUGGUAACCUCACUAAAAAUGAUAUUUAUGGCAGCUCCUUGAGAGUUGUAAUGGGGCUUGAGCUUGCAGGAUUUGAUGGGAAUGGAGGGCCUUGCUAUAUUGGAACUGGAUGUGUUAAUAGAAGAGAAACUCUUUGCGGAAUGAAGUAUAGCGAGGAAGUUAAAGUUGCAUGGAGGACAAUGAAAAAUGAUAGAAAGAAUAAAGAAAGUGCAAGUGUUCUUGAAGAAAAUUGCAAAGUUCUUGCAAGUUGUACCUAUGAGGAGGGCACACAAUGGGGAAAAGAGAUUGGAUUGAGAUACGACUGUCCAGUGGAGGAUAUACUCACGGGAUUAUCCAUACAUACAGGAGGUUGGCGAUCGGUGUACUCCAAUCCUGAAAGGAAAGCCUUCUUAGGAGUUGUUCCAACAACACUAUUACAAUCCCUAAUACAACAUAAGAGAUGGUCUGAAGGUGACUUUCAAAUCUUUCUAUCUAAACACUGUCCUUUCGUGUAUGGACGUGGAAAGAUGCCCAUAAAACUUCAGCUUUCAUACUGUAUUUACUUACUGUGGGCUCCAAACUGCUUCGCUACGUUGUACUACGUUAUAAUGCCAUCUUUUUGCCUGCUUAAAGGCAUCUCCUUGUUUCCAAAGAUGUCAAGCUCUUGGGGUAUACCAUUUCUGUAUGCCAUCUUUGUCAACAGCUCAUAUGGCCUUGGGGAAUUUGUAUGGUUUGGAGGCACAUUCCGAGGUUGGUUGAAUGAACAAAGGACGUGGAUGUUCAGGAGAACAACUUCCUACUUCUUUGCCUUCAUAGACGAUAUCCUGAAGCUAUGCGGAUUUUCAAGGUCAGCCUUUGCCAUCACCGGAAAGGUAGCAGAUGACCAUGUAAAUCAGAGAUAUGAGCAAGAGAUCAUGGAGUUUGGGACAACUUCACCGAUGUUCUCAAUUUUAGCAGCUCUUGCUCUCCUUAAUCUGUUCAGCUUUGUUGGGGGAAUAAAGAACGUUGCCUUGGAUGAUGUUCAUAUAACGGUUUUCGACCGAUUUGGUUUGCAGAUCCUUCUUUGCUGCCUUUUGGUUUUCUUAAACCUGCCUAUAUACCAAGGGAUGUUCUUUCGGAAGGAUAGCGGCAAAAUGCCUACCUCUGUAACAUACCAGUCUCUUACUUUUGCUCUCCUAGCUUGUACAAUAGCCAUGUACUAGUGUCAUGGUCCGAGACUCAAACACU